CUCCCCUUCUCGGCCGUUGGCGGCAUCAGAGCGCGCCGGUCUCCGAGCUCCGGGCUCCCCGCCUCUCGCUUCCCGCUGUCCUGCUCCGGGCGACACGCUCCGACUGUGCAGAGGUCAGUGUUGGCAGCUCCCAUCACUCACUGUUCUGCCUGCCCCACCUCCCCCAGCAUCCAGCCUGGGCUCGGGGAAGCUGCUCCAGAAGGAAGGUGUGUCGCAGCAGGCACUGUCUGGGCCAUGGAGGCUGGAGCUGGGUGGCUGCCUAGAGUGAGAAUCCCAUGUGUCUGGGGAGGACCCCGCCUGGGUACUCCAGUCCCAGCUUCCAGCCCUGCAUCACCACCUGGUUCUGCCUGGGGAUUCUCAGAGAUCUGGGACGAGCGGCUGGCCAGGUCUGCCGAGGCCUGGGCCACCCAGUGCAUCUGGGCCCAUGGGCCCUCACAGCUGAUGAGAUACGUGGGCCAGAACCUCGCCAUCCAUUCUGGCCGGUACCACUCGGUGGUCGAUCUCGUGAAGUCUUGGUCUGAGGAGAAGCGGCAUUACUUGUUUCCAGCCCCAAAGGACUGCAGCCCGCACUGCCCCUGGCGCUGCAGUGGCCCUGUGUGCUCCCACUACACCCAGAUGGUGUGGGCAUCCUCCAACCGGCUGGGCUGUGCCAUCCACACCUGUGGCAGCAUCAGCGUCUGGGGCAGCACUUGGCACCAGGCAGUGUACUUGGUCUGCAAUUACGCUAUUAAGGGCAACUGGAUCGGCGAGGCUCCAUACAAGAUGGGGAGGCCAUGUUCUGCCUGCCCCCCCAGUUACCAAGGCAACUGCAAUAGCAAUAUGUGCUUCUCUGGGCUCAAAUCCAACCGGCUCCUGUGGUCCUAAAUUUUUCCUGUGCUCUGGCAGGCCUUUAGUGGGCCCGAUCCUCUAAGGGUCCCUCCCUUAAAGAUGGGUCAAGGAAAAAAAUUUUUUGAAGACAUGAAUUGGACUCCCUCCACUGAUCUGAAUUUUUCUUCCUGAUUGCAUUUUCUAAAUGU